AAACGUUCUGUCAUCGAAGAAGAAGCGGUCGUCGUCUUUUCGUAAACUAAUCGAUGGUCCAAAAAGCUGCCUUUACGGGGUGCAGUAGUCUUUCUUUUCGCGUGUAUUUUGAGAUUAAAAUACACAAAUAACCACUGAAAAAUCAACCUGCGACAGAAAAAAGUUUUCAUCCGGACUCAAAAUGACGAUCGGCAAGAACAACAAAAUGAUCCAACUCCUGAACUAUCGGGUGCGGAUUGUUUUGCAGGAUUCGCGAACGUUUAUUGGAACGUUCAAAGCAUUCGACAAGCACAUGAAUCUGAUCCUAGGGGACUGCGAGGAAUUCCGUAAAAUAAAACCAAAAAACACCAAACUGCCCGAGCGGGAAGAGAAGCGUGUGUUGGGAUUCGUUCUGCUACGGGGCGGCAACAUAGUUUCUUUAACCGUCGAAGGACCACCACCACCAGAGGAGGGUCUGCCCCGAGUUCCGAUUCCGGGAGGUGCCCCUGGACCGGGUAUGGGACGUGUCGCCGGUCGCGGAAUGCCGGCGAAUAUUAACGCGGUUCCAGCAGGCCUGCAAGGUCCGGUGCGGGGCGUUGGUGGACCAUCUCAGCAGCACAUGGCCCCAGUGGGUCGCGGCGGUCAGGUUUCUGCUCCUCCGCAGAUGCGUCCAAUGAUCCCUGGUGGACCUCCUCCCGGAAUGAUGCCCGGACCUGGAGGACUCGCCCAAAUGGCCGGUAUGGCUAGAGGAGCUCCCCCACCGAUGAGAGGCCCUCCACCCGGUAUGAUGCGCGGUGGUCCUCCGCCAAGACCGUAUUGAAAAGGUAAUGUAAUUUUGUGCGUCAUCAGGCGUAGUUAGCUUUAAGUUUUGAUUGAGGAAAUCUUCAUGCAUUCUUUUCAAUCCGUAUUUGCAUAAUAAUCAAUAAAGGUGGAUGAAGUAUACAUUCAA